AUGGCCAGCUUAAAAAAACCAUCUCCAUGUCGUUGGGGCGAUUUGGACUACAAGACAACUCAAUUAAAUUUCAAAAUGGUGCAACUGAAGCAGGUGUCUCUCCGGCUAAAGUCGAUCAAGAACAUCCAGAAAAUAACCAAAACUAUGAAGAUGGUGUCCGCCAGCAAGUUUACGAGGGCAGAACGUGAGCUCCAGGCAGCGCGCCCCUUCGGCUAUGGUCCACGUAAAUUCUACGAAUCAAGUCAAUUGGUGAAGGGUGAUGUGGACAAGAAGUCAGGUGAUAAGGCAGCUAAAGAUUCCCCGCCUUCAGAACCCGUUAAAGAUAAGCCCGACGAAAAGGACGCCAAGGCCUUGAAGAGACUGUACAUCGCAGUCACCUCUGAUCGAGGUCUUUGCGGAGGUGUACACAGCGGCGUGGCCCGGCGUAUUAGGCGGGACCUGACUGCUCGCAAGGCGGAGGGACCUUCUAGCAAGGUGGUCUGCAUCGGUGACAAGUCACGCGCCAUGCUGCGACGCAUAUUUGCGCCAAACAUGCUCGUCAGCGUUAAAGAUAUCGGUCGCAUAGCACCAGUGUUCGCUGACGCGUCAAUGAUCGCCGCUGCCAUCGCCGAGUCUGGCUACAUUUACGAAUUCGGUGAGAUCUACUACAACAAGUACUUCACGCCCGUCAAGUACGAACUAACCACCAUACCCGUAUUCGACAAGGUCAGGAUGGAGUCCGCCCCCAAUAUGAAUGCUUUCGACGACGUGGAAGACGAUCAACUGGAGUGUUACGCGGAAUGGACUGUGGCAGCGCUCCUCUACUACGCCAUGAAGGAAAGCGCCGCCUCGGAACAGUCAGCGCGAAUGGCCGCCAUGGACAACGCCACCAAAAACGCUGCCGAGAUGAUUCGCAAGCUAACCUUGCUAUUUAACCGCACCAGACAGGCCGUAAUUACGAGGGAACUGAUCGAAAUUAUCUCCGGCGCUGCAGCGCUGAAAUAA